AUUGGGAGGAGACUGAGGACAGUGCUGAUUGGGAGGAGACUGAGGACAGUGCUGAUUGGGAGGAGACUGAGGACAGAGAUGAUUGGGAGGAGACUGAGGAACCUCAGUCAGAUGUGAACCCUCAAAACAAAGAAGUACCUGUAAGUGAUGUGAACUGUAGUACUGGAAAUACAUCAAUCAGCUCUCCUGAAUGUGCUGGAAGCUCUGACCACAAGGGACAUCUGGAGAAACCCACUAGCUCCAAAACAGGAGAGAAACCAUUUCAAUGCUCACUUUGUGACAAAAGAUUUGGAUGCAAAAGUAGUCUAAAAAGACACAUGGCCGUCCACACAGGAGAGAAACCAUUUAGUUGUUCAGUGUGCAGUAAAACAUUUACACGUAAGGGACGCCUGAACUAUCACAUGAAUGUCCACACAGGAGAGAAACCAUUUAGUUGUUCCGUGUGUAGUAAAACAUUUACACGUAAGGGACGCCUGAACUAUCACAUGAAUGUCCACACAGGAGAGAAACCAUUUAGUUGUUCCGUGUGUUGUAAAACAUUUACACACAAUAGAUACCUUAAUGAUCACAUGUUUAGCCACACAGGAGAGAAACAAUUUAGUUGUUCAGUGUGUAGUAAAACAUUUACACAUAAGAGAUCCCUUAAUGAUCACAGGUUCGUCCACAUAGGAGAGAAACCAUUUAGCUGUUCAGUUUGUAGUAAAACAUUUAAAAAGAAGGGAAACCUGAAGGCCCACAUGACUGUCCACACAGGAGAGAAACCAUUUCAAUGCUCGCUUUGUGGCAAAAGAUUUGGAUCCCAUAGUGAUCUAAAAAGACACAUGGUUGUCCACACAGGAGAGAAACCAUUCAGUUGUUCUGUGUGUAGUAAAACAUUUUCACGUAAGGGAUACCUGAACAUUCACAUGACUGUCCACACAGGAGAGAAAACAUUUAGUUGUUCGGUGUGUAGUAAAACAUUUUCACAAAAACACAUUCUGAAACGACAUUUAAUUAUCCACACUAGAGAAACUAAUUAGUCGUGGAGUUUC